CACACUUAUGUCCCACCCCCCAACGGUCAUCAGAAGAUACAUGAACGGAGAAGAUUUGAAGUCACGUUCACAACCGAGAGAGAAAGAGGGGGGGAUACGGUAGACGGGUAGAAUGGAGAGAGGACAUCUGUAAAAAGAAAGUAGGCUACUUGGCAGGUCAAACUGGACAACAGACAGGUGUAACUGUUUUCAGGAUGACUGGUCACUUACAGUUUGCAAGAGUCUAACCAUUGUGAGAUGGUCAUGUAAAAGAAAAGACAAACCUCACAUUACUGUCACCUCUGUAACCUGUGUGAAGUUGACGUCUAACUGGUCAGAUGGCUGGGACACAAGCUGCUGUGCUUCCAUCCUUCAGCUCCUUCUCAAACUUUGUUCACUCUCAGGACAAUAUGAAGGAGUGGAAAUUUGAGGAUGGCGCUCUCAGUCUGGACUCUCAAACCAAGAGGACAUCACCUGGCAACACCAGUGACCAGCAGCCAGUUCUUCCUCACCUGGACGAUGAAAGUGAAACCUCAUGGGACAUGGAGUUCUUGUUGUCUGACUGGAGCAGCCCAUCACCUGAGCUGAACCCCUCUCUGGACUACAACACUCAGCGUCUUCUUCAACCGGACCAAACUGGACUCUACCAUGAUGGAGGAGGGAUGUUGACGGACCAAAUAAGUCCAGACAGGCUUCAUACGGGCAGCAGUAGCCUGAUGGUUGAGCUGCUCACCCCCUUGGAGACCAUUGGUUCAGGCAUACCAGAACUUUACAACCAACAGGUUCGCUCAUCAUCAUCAUUAUCAUCAUUCCCCAUUCAACCGAACGUGGACCAGUAUGGUUUCAACCCCGGAGGCAACCAGGAGGGACAUGGCAGAGAUAGAGCCACUGCUGUCCUCACUAAGGCCAAAUCAUGGGACUUUGGAAUGGGACACUACUACCCCCAACAACACACUUCCAUGGUGACGUUUCAAGAUGGCAGAUUCCUCCAAGCCCCUGUCUCCAUGACAACUUCUAUGACCUCUGAAUUUCGAACCCACCACUACAGCUUCCUCCAAAAAUACCCCCACCACCUGGGUCUAUACCGCAACCAGAGGGACUACAACCUCCAUGGCCACCACCACCAACAAGCCUCCUCCAACCACUUCCCCUACUCCCAGCACCAGCAGCCCCACCUAGCUAUCACCUCCUCAGGGGUUCCUCCUGGUGGCUUGGAGGGGAAGAAUGGCCGCAGGACUGUGGCGAAGAAGAGAGCUGCUCUACACAGCUGUGAAUACUCAGGUUGUAAUAAGACCUAUACCAAGAGCUCCCACCUCAAGGCUCACCUCCGCACACACACAGAUUCCCUAGGGGAGAAACCAUACCACUGUACGUGGGAGGGCUGUGGGUGGAAGUUUGCCCGUUCGGACGAGUUGACCCGUCACUACCGUAAACACACGGGUCAGAAACCCUACGCGUGUCUGCAGUGUCAGAGAGCCUUCUCCCGCUCAGACCACCUGGCCCUGCACAUGAAGAGACACACAUGAUGAGAGGAGUGGAGGAUGGGUAUGACUGGGGCUGUGUGAGAACAUACACACUAAUAUGUGUGCACCUGUAUACACACACUCUCAUUCUGGUUCUCAUUCUCUCUCUCUCUCUCUCUCUCUCUCUCUCAUCUCCUAUCUCUCUCUCUCUCUCUCGCUCUCUCUCUCUCUCUCUCUCUCUCUCAUCUCCUCUCUUUCUCUCUCUCUCUUUCUCUCUCUCAUCUCCUAUCUCUCUCUCUCUCUCUCUCUCUCUCUCUCUCUCUCUCGCUCUCUCUCUAUCUCUCUUUCUCUCACUCGCACACUAAUCUAAUCAACACACACACGGUGCACACGCAACGACUAGGCAGAGUAGGGUUAUCAUGGAUGAAGAGGAGACUACUCAAAGACAUACAGUGGACACACACACGUUGUCCACACACUAUAAACAGCUAAAGUUGGGGUGUAGGGUUUGAGCAGAGCCUGAAGGUAGGGAGGGGCAAGAGACCAGAGGUGACAGAACAGAGUACUCGGGUUGGGGUGUAGGGUUUGAGCAGAGCCUGAAGGUAGGGAGGGGCAAGAG